AUUUCCCUCUUGGUUCUGAAGCUCCUUCGUUUCUUUCUCCCUAUCUCCCUCCCUUUAUUUCAUUCGCAGAAACUCAGCCAAAAAACCCUAGCACUGUAAGCCUACACCGCCGCAAGGAGUGGCAUACUGCCGCCGUCCGUCCUUCUAUCUAGCUUCCCUCGUGGUCCAAGUCUUCAACCCCUGUUCACUGUCACCGAUCGCAGCUGCUUCCUCGAGCUCGGCGUCCGUCGUCUUUGUCUGCCCAGCCGCGCUUCCGCCGCCGUUUGUUUGCCGUUCACGUUCGCGUCUUCGUUCGCGUUCUUCGCCGUUCAAGUUUGCUCGGCGUUCACCGUUCGCAUUCACUCGCCGUUCACCGUUCGGGUUCGCAUUCGCGUUCGUCUGGAAGCCACGUUGCUCUGCUUCAAACUCUGCCCAACCCGCGCGCUCCACCUAGCCGUCGAACUGCUCUCUUUUGUCGCCGCUGAAAUUUUUUGAGGUAUAUAAGAAUUAAGAAGAAAGACUAUUUCAACGCGCCACUUUCACCAAUCACCACCGGAGAGACCAGACUGUCUUCUUCUUCCUUGCAGAGUGCCAGACUCAACAAUAAUUGCUAGCAGCUGCAGGCGCCACCCUGCCUCCAGGCUUCAGCCUCAGCUUCUCCUUGCCGCCGUCGCCGUCCUUGCCUCACCGGUCACCAUUUUUCUGCCUCACGUCCUCCGCCAGCGCCCAGCCUCAUCUCCUUCACCUCCUUCGCGGCCAGAAUCUCCAGACUCCACGCCUCCGCUCCUCCUUGGUCUCUGUUGAUAUUGUUACCAAAUGGGAAAGCUAGGGAAGAAGGCAAGAAAAUUCGCAAGAAAGAAUCUGCAGUCAGUUUUGAGGAACAAAAGGAAGUUAAAAUCCAAAUUCAAAAGGAAAGCUUCAAAAACAACGGGAGGUCAAGAUGUUGAAGAAAACCAAGAGAGGGACACAACAAAUCUAUCUACGGAAAGAAAAGCAAUGACUGAAGAAAUUGAAGAUGUUUCCCUUGAUGAUGUAUUCAGUGAAGAUGAUAGUGAGGGCCUUGGAGAGGAUUCAGACAGUGAUGUAUAUCUUUCUGAGGACUCAUGCUGUGCACAUUUGACGGAAUGUGAUGGUGAAAGUGAAAAUAAUAUUGAUAGCAGCAAUGGAGGUAGUUCCUUAAUGGUUCAUAACAGAGAUAUUCGUGCAGAACUUGUGAAGAAAGCAAAAAGGUUGAACAAAUUAAAAGAAAAGGAUCCAGAGUUUGCACGAUUUCUGGAACGUUAUGAUGUGAGCAUUAAACAAGCCAAAGAUGAUGAAACUAGUUCUGAUGAUGAAGGUGGUUUAGAUGGGAUGCAUCCAAUGAAUGAAGAUGCUGUUCGUUCUCAUGUACCCAAAUGUUUAACAAGUGGACAAGUUGAUUCUUUGUGUAAUAUGGUUAAAAAAGAUCAUAACAUGGCAGCCCUUACUUGUCUCAUAAAUGCUUAUUGCACAGCCUGCCACAGUGAUUCUAAAGCACCUAGUGCCAGUAUUUCUGUCUUAUCCCACAACAUUCAGAGUGGUGAAACUUUCUCCAAGAUAUUAAUGUUCAUGCUACAUGAGGCUGAUACUAUAUUUAGGAAGUUACUGGGAUUGUCAUGCUCGAAUUGCAAGAAGGAAACUGUUUUGGAGCUAAAGAAUACAUCAAAAUGGUUAUCUCUGAAACCGCUUAUUAAAUCAUACCUUAGGAGUACUCUGUUUCUCCUGAACCAGGUUACAGACUCAGAGUUAUUGACAUUCACAAUUUGUCGACUAAGAACUUCAAUCAUCUUCCUAGUUGCAUUUCCAACUCUGUUGCGCAAGCUUCUUAAGAUUUCUGUUCAUCUCUGGGCAACAGGUGAUGAGUCUUUGUCAUCACAUUCCUUUCUCAUCAUCAAAGAUAUAUCUUCCAUGUUUGGCUUGAAUUGGUUUGAUUCCUGCUUCGUCAAAACAUAUAAAGCAUUCAUUAAUCACGCUCAAUAUGUUGACCAAAGGUUGUUUGAGCAUAUACACUUUCUAAGGAACUCCUUUCUGGAGCUCUGCAGUUUAGAUGUGCAGAAAUCAUCUAACAUGGCAAUGAAAUGUAUGCUGCACCUGGCUAAGAUAUUGCAGAAGGGGCGGCAGACAAAGAAGAAGGAGGUGGUUAAAAAAAUUUGCAGUUGGCAGUACAUUAAUUGUAUUGAACUCUGGGUUGCAUUUAUAUCAGCAAAUGCACCUGAAUAUGAUCUUCAUCCAUUGCUAUACAUGAUUGUACAGAUCAUAAAUGGAAUUGCUCUACUGUUUCCUGGUCCUAGAUACUUACCACUAAGGAUAAGAUGUAUCCAAUGGCUUAAUCAACUUGCUGGUUCUACUGGGAUUUUCAUCCCUGUUAUAUCAUUGGUGUUGGAUGUUGUAGCAUACAAAAUUGCCAAGGAUGGUGGUAGAAAGCCUGGCAAAGGUUUUGAGCUACAGUCUACCAUAAAGCUUCCAAAGCACUGGUUAAAAUCACGCAACUUCCAAGUGGAGUGUAUCUCAUCUGCCAUUGAGCUCCUUUCUGAGCAUUUUGCACAAUGGAGCUACCAUAUAUCUUUUCCUGAGCUGGCAACAGCUCCACUUGUCCACCUCAAGAAGCUCUAUGAGAUAACUUCUAUUGAGAGUUCUAGACGGGUUAUCAAGCGUUUCAUUGAUCAGGUGGAGAUGAACGUUGACUUUGUGCAAAAGAAGAGAGAGGAGGCACCUUUCUCUCCGAAGGAUCAGCAGACUGUUGAAACAUUUCUUCAGGUAUCUCCCUCACUUUUAUUCUCUCACUUUAGAGUUUCAGUCAUCAUUGUAACUGUAAUACUUAAGUUGUUGCUUUGGCAGAUUGAAAGACGUAGUGGUAACACUCCAUUUACGCAAUACUAUAGAAGCAUAAUGAGUAAGGCUGUAACCAGGAAAAUGAUUUCAAAUACAAAGGCUGCAUUAGUCUAGGAGUUCUGAUUUGGAUUUGGAUUCGGAUUCUCUUCUGUGAAGGUAGUUUGUAACUGAACAUGAGGGUUUCUCAUCCUUGAACAAGCUGAACUACUAUUUUCCUUUGGUCGGCAAUGGGAUUUUAACUUUCUCAUCUUCAAUGGACCACAUUUUUAAUGUACAAUGAAAUUCUCUAUGUUAAGCUCUUGACAGUUUCCUAAGUCUUAACACAAUGGACGAAGCAAAAUGCAUGGUCGAAAUGCUUGAGGUGAUUUGAUCAUCAAUGAAACCUGAAAGAAUCAAUGUUUUCUUCAUGUUUCAGGGUCUGAGGAAAAUGGAAGUUUCUUCCAUUACGGAAUUUUUUGUACACCUUAGCUUUAAGUUCAAUCAUUAUCAGAAUAAAAUAACAAAAUAUCAACCUUGAGGAGUUAUGAAGGUUUUUUUUU